CCUGCAUACAUGCGAUGCGUGGAGAAUCGCUAGUUGACCUUUUAUUAGUCUAAAGUCCAAAACCGAGAGGCUCAAAUCUAGAGACCAUCAUAUCUUAUUUGCCAGACAACCAGAUGAAUACCAAGGUCGAAGUAUAGGAACUCACAUCCUAUUCAGGUAAGCAAUGCGGCGCCACUCGCGUCAUAAGGCUCUCAGCCGAUGCUGUGGGUAGCAUGCUAUACACACCGUCAUCUCAAGCACCCCGGUAAUACCCCAUUGCCCCUUACUGAUGAACUGAUGAAUCGCAUUCGUGACUAGGCACGCCCACGUACUUGCAAAAACCAUAAAAGCUCAUUGGAACCCGCUGUAUAAUGACCUGUUCGUGGCUGGUCAAUAUUACGCUCGUUUGCGAGUUUCACUGCGCUGGGCGAUGCCAGUGACCCAUAUGUCCCUGUCAAGCUAGAGUAGCAUCGCCUCGACGUACGGCACAGCUGCGGCAAAGGUCGACGAAUAGGCCGAUCUUAUCCCACAUCCGACCGUCUCGGCGCCCGGAGAAGUUGCCGACAGUGACCUUCUUUGUUGUCUACGGAUUCUCUAUCUUCGUCAUAUUCCCCUACACCAAUGGCAUGUCCAAGAAAAGACACAGCCAAUGAUAAAAUAGCCGAAUGUGAUAUAGUAUCUUUAUAUACCUUUAUAACUCGGGAUUCUUUUACCAGAGCAGGACGACGUCUAAUCUGGACCUCUUAGUGAAUAUUAACUUCGUAUCACCAUGGGAUUAAUCGAGACAGCCUUGGACUAUGUGUCCAUCCGAUUCGUACUCCUUUUCCUCGGUGCCGUUUUGGCGCUGCGGAUGGUCUAUAACAGUAUCGAUGAAAACAAUCGACUGCGACGACUAGGUGCGCCCGGCGUCACUAAAGUGAAAUCCGCCUUACCGUUCGGCCUAGACGUAGUCAUCGGGCAAGUCAAGGCGACCAUGAACCACAAGAACUACGAGUUCUUCCUCUCGCUGCUCGGCGACGCGCCCUUCUACACCAAGGAGUCGCGGCUGCUGCGCCGGCGCAUCGUCAUGACCGCCGAGCCGGAGAACAUCAAGGCCGUGCUCGCGACGCAGUUCGCCGACUUCGGGAAGGGCGCGCAGUUCCACGAGGAGUGGAGCGAGUUCCUGGGCGACAGCAUCUUCACCACGGACGGGCCCCUGUGGCACACCAGCAGACAGCUGCUGCGCCCGCAGUUCUCGCGCGAGCGCAUCAGUGAUCUGCAUUGCUUCGAGAGCCAUCUGGAGACUUUCUUCAAGGCGGUUGCGAACGGUGGCGUUCUGAACGGCAAGGACCAGGUCGUCGACUUCGAGGCGGGGAACGGCAGGCCCUUCGAUAUUAGCGAGUUGUUGUUUCGCUAUACGCUGGACGUGGCGACGGAUUUCCUGCUGGGCAUGGAUACGCAGUCUCUCACCACCCCCCGCCAGCCCUUCGCCGACGCAUUCAACGAAGUCCAGCGCAUGCAAAACAUCAUCGCGCGCGCGGGUCCCCUCCGCGCCUUCGUAUCCAUGAAAUCCUUCCGCGCGGGCCUGCAAGUCGUCAACGAAUUCUGCAACAUCUACAUCGACCAAGCGCUGCGCCUAUCGCCGGAAGACCUCGCGUCGAAGACCAAGUCCGACCAGGGCUACACCUUCCUGCACGAGCUCGCCUCCUUCACGCGCGACCGCAAGGUCCUGCGCGACCAGCUCGUCGCCGUGCUUCUCGCCGGCCGCGACACCACCGCCGCGACCCUAAGCUUCGUCUUCUUCGAGCUCGGGCGCCACCCUGACAUCGUACAGAAGCUGCGGCGCGAGAUCGGGGGGCAGGUCGGUUGGAACAGGACCCCGACGUACGCCGAUCUGAAGAAUAUGCGCUACCUCCAGGCCGUCGUCAGCGAGACCCUGCGCUUGUACCCGGCCGUCCCGUUUAACGUGCGCACGGCGCUGAGGGAUACCACGUUGCCGAGGGGCGGGGGGCCGGAUGGCACGGCGCCGCUGCCCGUGCUGAAGGAUACCGCGAUCGCGUACUCGACGCUCGCGAUGCAGCGGCGGUCGGAUUUGUACCCGUCCCCGUCCCCCGACACGCCAGAGGGAGAAAAACUCGCGGACCCAACAACGUUUAGUCCCGAGCGCUGGGCGACUUGGCAGCCUAAGCCCUGGCAGUAUAUCCCGUUUAACGGGGGCCCGCGCAUCUGCAUCGGGCAGCAGUUCGCGCUGACGGAGAUGGCGUACGUGCUGACGCGCAUUUUUCAGAGGUACGAGAGGGUCGAGAGUUUCAUGGUCGGCGAGCCGAAGCUCAAGGCGGAGAUCGUGAUUCAGCCUGGCGACGGGGUUACGGUGGCGCUUUGGGAGGCUGGGAAGGAUGGGAAGGGGAGUCUGUGAGGUUAGGGGGUUUUGUGUAUAUAAUUACUUUCCUAGGGACGGUGAGGUACGGUCUCCUAAUAUGAAAUACUUACUACCUAGUUACGAUAUGGAAAUAGUUGUGUAUGGGUUUGUUUGUGAAUACCUGCAUAGGUAUCGGCAACCUAUAUUUACGAAUACAUUUUCUGUGUAUGAAAGAGCU